AGGCGGAGGAGGAGCAGCAGCAACAGCAGCGGGGCCGCUCCGCUCCGCUCGCUCCCGGCGAGCCCAACAAAGGCGGCGGGGCCAUGGCGGGCCCCUCGCCCCGCUGCGAGCCGCCCUAAGCCCGCCGAGCUCCGCCGCGAUGUUGCCGGGCUGCGGCGGGCGGCGCUGGGCUCUGGCUCUGGCUCUGGCGCUGGCUCUGAGCGGCCGCUGCCCCGCGGCUCCCAACGCCUCGGCCGGGCCCCCGCGCUGCCGCCGCCCCGCUCCGUGCGAGCGGCUCCGCUUCGGAGCUUGCCUGGGCUCGGCGCUGCCUUACACCGCCACCUCCACGCUGCUGGCCACCGACUCCGCCUCGCAGGAGGAGGCGCACGGGAAGCUGCUGCUCUGGUCCGGCCUGCGCAACGCCCCGCGCUGCUGGGAUGUCAUCCAGCCCCUGCUCUGCGCCGUCUACAUGCCCAAGUGUGAGGAUGGGCAGGUGGAGCUGCCCAGCCAGACGCUGUGCCAGGCCACCCGGGCACCCUGCACCAUYGUGGAGCGCGAGCGCGGCUGGCCCGACUUCCUCAAGUGCACCACUGACCGCUUCCCUGAGGGCUGCCCGAACGAGGUGCAGAACAUCAAGUUCAACAGCUCGGGGCAGUGCGAGGCGCCGCUGGUGAGGACCGACAACCCCAAGAGCUGGUACGAGGACGUGGAGGGCUGUGGCAUCCAGUGCCAGAACCCGCUGUUCACCGAGAAGGAGCACCGCGAGAUGCAYGUCUACAUCGCCGCCUUCAGCUCCGUCACCAUCUUCUGCACCUUCUUCACCCUGGCCACGUUUGUCGCCGACUGGAGGAACUCYAACCGCUACCCUGCUGUCAUCCUGUUCUACGUCAACGCCUGUUUCUUCGUGGGCAGCAUCGGCUGGCUGGCGCAGUUCAUGGAUGGCGCCCGUGACGAGAUCGUGUGCCGGGCUGAYGGCACCAUGCGGCUGGGGGAGCCCACCUCCAACGAGACGCUGUCGUGCGUCAUCAUCUUCGUCAUCGUGUACUACUCGCUGAUGUCGGGGGUCAUCUGGUUUGUCAUGCUCACCUACGCCUGGCACACGUCCUUCAAGGCGCUGGGCACCACCUACCAACCGCUGCUGGGCAAGACCUCCUACUUCCACCUCAUCACCUGGUCCAUCCCCUUCGUGCUCACCGUGGCCAUCCUGGCCGUGGCGCAGGUGGACGGUGACUCUGUCAGUGGCAUCUGCUUYGUGGGCUACAAGAACUAUCGCUACCGAGCCGGCUUCGUGCUGGCACCCAUCGGGCUCGUCCUCAUCGUGGGGGGCUAUUUCCUCAUCMGGGGGGUCAUGACGCUCUUCUCCAUCAAGAGCAACCACCCUGGGCUGCUGAGCGAGAAGGCGGCCAGCAAGAUCAACGAGACCAUGCUGCGCCUGGGMAUYUUYGGCUUYUUGGCSUUYGGCUUUGUUUUCAUCACCUUUGGCUGCCAUUUCUACGACUUCUUCAACCAGGCCGAGUGGGAGCGCAGCUUCCGGGAAUACGUCCUGUGCGAGGCCAACGUGACCAUCGCCACCCAGACCAACAAGCCCAUCCCGGAGUGUGAGAUCAAGAACCGGCCCAGCCUCCUGGUGGAGAAGAUCAACCUGUUCGCCAUGUUCGGCACCGGCGUCUCCAUGAGCACCUGGGUGUGGACCAAGGCCACCCUGCUCAUCUGGAAGCGCACCUGGUGCAGGCUGACGGGGCAGAGCGAUGACCAACCCAAGAGGAUCAAGAAGAGCAAAAUGAUCGCCAAAGCCUUCUCCAAGCGCAAGGAGCUGCUGCGCGACCCGGGCCGGGAGCUGUCCUUCAGCAUGCACACCGUGUCCCACGACGGCCCCGUGGCCGGUUUGGCGUUUGACAUCAACGAGCCGUCGGCGGACGUGUCCUCGGCGUGGGCUCAGCACGUCACCAAGAUGGUGGCCAGGAGAGGAGCCAUCCUGCCCCAGGACAUCUCCGUGACACCCGUGGCAACACCUGUGCCACCAGAGGAGAGAGCCAACCUGUGGGUGGUGGAGGCCGACGUGUCCCCGGAGCUGCAGCAGCGCGGCGGCCGCCGGAAGAAGCGCAGGAAGAAGAAGAAGAGGGAGGUGACCCCGGACCCCGAGCGCUGCCCUGGGGUCUCUGCCACCCUCCCAACCCCCAGCGCUGUCCCCCGCCUGCCCCGCCUGCCACCCCGGCCCUGCCUGGUGGCUUUUGGCCCCGAUGUCCUCCAGCCCGACGGCGCCUUCCCCGGUCACCGCAGAGCCGACGUCCUGCACCUCAUCAGCAACCCUUUCUGCCCCGAGGAGCAGGAGCACAGCCCCGGGUGCUGGCAGCACAAUGGGGGCUCCAUGUGGCCCCCCAAGGCCGGUCCCACACCCCACCUCCACCCCGGGGUGCCCAGGACUCAGGGCCGCCGGGCAGCGCUGGCCCCCAUCCAUUCCCGCACCAACCUGGUGGACGCGGAGCUGCUGGAGCCCGACUCGGAUUUCUGAUCCUGGCAGGGGUGGGGACGGCUGGGCUGAGACCUAAAGGCUCGUCCAACACCGGUUUUGGGGUUUUGGAGAGGGGACAGCAGAGCCCAGCUCGUCCCGUGGGAUCCAUCCCAAAUAUUCCACCAGCCUGAUUGCUCCCCUCGGAGGAUGGAGUUUCUCUGUGCAUCACCCAGCCUUGGCAGGGUUUGGGAUUCCCUGCAGCAUCGCCAGGAGAAGAGGAACGAGCUGGCAGUGGAACACCCCAGAGAUUUAAGGACAAGGGGGACACUCCCMGGGGUGGAUUUGGGGCAGCUCGGUUUGUGCUGCCCCACCCAGGUACGCAGAGCUCAGACAUUUGUGCCAACAGGGAGUUUUUUUACAAAUUUUUUUACAUUUUUAAGAUAUUUUUUAAUCUUGGUACCAUGAUGGGGCCGGCCUCUGCUCGGGAUCACCAGCAUCACCCCCUUUUUGUGGGGUCACCCCAAAAGUGGACCCAAAGUGCCUCCCAGCUCCCCAGAGAGCCGAGCCAGACCCAGAUCAGGAUCAGCCACGGGAAGAGAAGCACCUUGGGCUGCUCCCUGAGCAAAAAAAAAAACCCCAAAAACCCCUUCAAACCUCAAGGUGCAUCAGGGUCGGCAACCCCCAGAGCAAAGCUUGUUAUUAUUUUUUUAGGAAAAACAAAAUUAAAAAAAUCAAGUCACAGCAAAGCCAACCACGACAGGAGGGCUACRGUCCCUGCUGGUGUUCGGAUGUUCCCAGUUUUUACUUGUUUUUUUUUAUUCACUUCUGGUAGGCUCCUGGCUUUUUUUUUUUAUUUUAUUUUAAUUUUUUUUGCUAUCCCAGUGACCUUCUCGGGUUUGUUUUUGCUGUGUAAAGGAAAACCCUCCUGUAUCAGUAUUAAAUUUACCAAUUUUCAUUCCCAACGGCUGCUCC